ACAGGACCUUCAGGGGCGGGGGGCUCGGAGCCCCCCAGCGCUCCCUUCCUGGUGAGAUUCCAACAGUCACGGGAUAAGCCAGACCCACAGGAGGCAUGCAUAGCCGUAGCAGUGGGGUUGGGACACGACCUCUGAAGACGGGAUCUGAGGUUUCUGGAGUCGGGGACACCUGUGUCUACGGACCAUCACACAGCCGGCCACGCCCCCUGAAGCGCGUUCAGAGAUGACCAGACCUGGACACCUUGGGGUCCCACCGUCUCGUCUCCUCUUCACGGGAUGAUGCCUGCGUGGGGUGGGAGGCCGUGGGGCCAUGGCCAUCCUGCACCCCGUCGGAGGCUGGCGAGGCUCCAGCCCCAGCAGGACGGAGCGGAGGGGCCUGCAGAGCUCGGGCUCCACCUUCCGAGCGGCUGCUCAGCGACCGGCUGCCCACUUCACCCGAUUCUUCUGACCGUGUAGCUCUCUUCAGGGUUUGCGCUGAGUGAGUUUUCCGCUGUCGAGGUUUAAACGAUCACAAGGCCGGAGUGGGAGGUCCUGUACGUCCGUCUUCGUAGGCUUGGUGUGUUAGGGCUCUGAUUCGGGUGCCCCAUGGCCGAAGGGACACACGCUUAUGCUGGGGGCAGAGGCUGCCAGGAUCUGAGCCCCUGUUUUUGGAGGAGGAGGGACCUACCGCUCCAAGAGUCCCUUCCUCUCCGGGUGUCAUGGAGCCUCCCGGGGGAAGGGACAGGGGGGUUGGAACCACCUAUGACCUGGGGCUGCUGUGACGGAGCCCGCGGCCAGGGCGGCUUGACCGCAGACAUGCAGCCAGGCGGCCCUAGAGGCCACACGCCCCCUGCAGGCCCCCGGGGAAGGACCCUCCAGGCCUGUCUCCGGGCUCCGGGUGGCUCCUGGCAUCAGCAGAACCCCAGUCCUCCCGUGGCAUUCACCCCGUGCACGGGUCUGUGGCCAGUUUCCCCUCUGUAUAAGAACGUCGGUCAUAUUGGAUUAGGGCCACCCUGGUGGCCUCAUCUUAAUUAUAUCACCUGCCAAGGUAAGGCCACCUGCACAGGUCUGGGGGUCAGGACUUCAGCCGAAGAAUGUGGGGGACACAACUCAGCCCAUGCCCUGCACCUGGCCAGCGAGAACAGAGUGUGUUGAUGAGCAGGGACCAGGGCGUCCGCCAAGGGCAGGUGUCGAGCAGCCGGCCGGGCUCCCAUCGCCCGCUGGACACGACGCGGGAAGGCCGGCCCGCUCUGGGCGCCCAGCCCCCGGGACGCUUCUCCGCGUCCUGAGUCUUCUCCAUCAGCUGCCCGCAGACCCGAGACCCGGGCCGGCGGGAGCCUCCACGCGGCCCACGCGCCAUCUGUCCCCGUGCUUCCUCCAAGUUCGAGCGACGGUUGCGAGGAUCAAGCGCCAGGGGGCACGGCCGGGCUGCACGUUGGCGCCAUCGUCUGGACCCGUCCGAUACCCGUCUCGGUAUCAGAGACUGACCCUGGGCCCUGCCGUGACACCACCCCACAAAGAUACCAACCGGCCGCUCGGCGGCCCUUGUCCUGUGGCACCGUUUCCGGGCUGGGAAGGCCGGCUCUCCACCUGGGGCCUGGCGUGCGCUCCGGGCGCGGGCUUGCUCUUCCUGCUUUUCCAGCACCGCACACGGAUUCCCGAACGACGGGCCCCUAUAGAUGCGGCGCAGACACGGCGUUUUGUGAAUGCGGAGCCGCUCCUCUGCCCGUGGUCUCCUCCCAGAGCCAGCGACAGACGUUCUGGUGCCCAGAGGACGCGUGUCACCGAGGUCACGAUAGGAAGAGCCCUCAUGAGUUUUGGACGGUCCUGCCUGGUCGCUCUCGCCGGACUGUGCCAGGAGACCCCCAGGCGCAAAAGGCUGACUCUGGCGGCGGCCGAGCCUGAGGAGUCUGGUGUCUGGGAUGCCAGGGACUGGGACACGCCCGCGUGUGCACCUGCUGUGCUCGAGUGCCCGGCUGUAGCUGUGAACGGGUAAGCGUGGGAUUGACGGCCUGAAAAGGCGUAAGACCCAGGCUGUCAGGUCAGCUGGACCAGGAGGAGUCCCGGCCCCAAGACAGAGGACGGACGGGGCGCGGCGAGUGCUUGUCACGGUCCUGAGAUCCGUCGGGGCCGUGGGGCUGUGGUCGAUGGCACCGGCUCCCUUUCCGGAAGAUUCCGCAGGGAUGGAGGUCGCAGACUCACCGGGACCCGUGCCCGGGCAAGGUGCACUUCCUGAGACAAGAACACGUGGGUGCUGCUGGGGCCGCUCGGACCCCCCGUUGGACCAGAGGCUCCGUCUGCCCGGUGCGCCAGUGUCGAUGGGCAGGACUCGCCCCGCCCUGGAAGUCAGCUGUCCCCUGGGGAGGCUCACGGCCAUCUCUGCCUUCUCUGAGGCCCCAGGGCCCAGCCCCGGCCCUUCCCGUCCCCCCGCAGGCUUUCACCGACCAGCGCUGCCUGAGAACGCACACGCCAUGCGCCCCGCGGCUGGGGCACCGGGAGCAAGGGAGGCCCUGGGGGGCCGGGAGGCCCGAGGGACACAGACCCCGAGUGGUCCCUGGGGACAAGAGCGCUGAGGACGAGGCCGAGAUCCGGUUCCACCCCCUGGGGCCUCAUCCUUCGCCGGCCUUCCUAACGGUCGCUGUGGCAGAAACAGGGCCCCAGAAACCCCAGUGCCUGCAGCCCGGUCCCAGACACUCUGUUGCUUUCUAAAUUUAGAGCUUAUAAAAACCACUGAAUGGCUGGAAAGCGGGGGAAAAAAGAAAA